UCUGCGCGGUGCGCGCGUUGUGUGAGUGCGUGCUUUGCGUGCAUUAUUUUUGUGACAAUGUCGAAAUUGUUAAAGUGUUCGUCGUGUAACAUUGUGAUAAACGAAGUGUUAGCUUUUAUAUCAAAUAAAAUUGAAGUGAUGGACGAAGAAAGUCUUGGUCGUCUAUGUGUUACCGGUUUUUCGGAAAAUGAUAUAAAGCUUGCUAAGGAUCUAUUAUUUGAGUCCAUAUCAACGGCAAAAAGAAAAAAGAUAAGAAAGAGGCAGGGAAAAGCUCUUAGAGAUAUCGACGACAUUAUUUGUGUUCUCAAAGAAUUACGUCCUGAAGAAAUACCCGUUUUUGUCGCCAGAGAGUUGCACAAAUUGCCACCAGUGACAUUUGACCAUGUCGAUGUAACUCGGUUAUUAAAAGACAACUUAAAGAUGCGCUAUGAUAUAGACUAUUUAAAAGAGGAGUGUGUCUCCAAAAGGCAAUUGGAGGAGCUAAAAUUGGAGAUUGAGAAUUUGAAAAAAGCUUCCAUUGUUAACAACUUUCAAAGUAAAGUAAACUAUAAGCGAGGGGCGUGCUUAGUGGACAGUUUUGAAUAUGAUAGUGGCCCCAUGGGAUUGCCUCCAGCACAUAUUGAACAAGACAUAUCAAUAAAUCAUCAUCUUUCGUCAAAAAAUGUCUGCAGGUACCGCCCAAUAAUUGAAGGUAGUGUAGAAUCACUUACACCAACGCAAACUAUGAACGUAUCUAAGAGCGAUGUCGACGCCGGAUCAGCUGACAAACCGGUAGCGGACCGUGAUACUUGCGAUGCAUUGAUGACUCAUGACGUCUGCUUAUCGCCCGAGCCUGCUCCGCCGCGACACACUGCCGGCCCGAACCAGACCGAUCUAUGCGAAAUAAAAACACUGACAUCGUCAGAACUUCUACCGGAGGGUGAGUCGACGUCAGAAGAGGGGAAGUGGAUACCGGUGCAAAACAGAAAGCGUAAUCGAUUUGCAGCAAAAAGAGGAAGUGCAGUGGUUGGCGAUAGCACCAACUUUAAGGCCGCCGCUACUAAGGUUGCUAUUUAUAUUUACAACGUUUCGAAGGCAACGACAGUGAGUGACAUUGCUAACUAUGUACAUAAAAAAGUAAACAUUCCUGUUACGCUAGUAAAAGUGAAUAUGAAAGUAUUGAAGGAUUAUGAUGCCUAUAAAGUAUUCGUUCCCAAACAAAAUAUUGAUUUGUUUUUGAAAAAUGAUUUUUGGCCAGAGGGAAUUGCAUUCCGACGUUUUAUCGACUUUGGUGGAACAAACGGAGGCUUACCCGGAUUAUCGAGUAAAAAUACACAUAAAUAAUGUCAGUUACAACAACAACUAAAAUGAUUAGUUUUAACUGCAAAAACGUAGUGCGAUCAGUGGAUUGUGUGAGAUCCUUGUGUCAGAAGGCCGACAUAGUUGCGCUUCAAGAGACGUGGCUACUACCGCAUGAUAUCCAGUUUCUGGGCAGCAUAGACGACAACUUCGCGUUUACAGGCAAUUCUGCCGUGGACACAUCCGCUGGAGUGCUGAGAGGUCGACCGUAUGGGGGAGUUGCGUUGUUGUGGCGGAAAGCGGUAUUCCCGUGUGUAUCAGUGCUAACAUGCAGAAGUGUGCGUCUCGCGGCUAUUAAAAUAACACAGGGUGAGCGUUCGUUUUUGGUUAUAACAGUGUACAUGCCAACCGAUUGCAAAGAAAAUUUAGUUGAGUUUACGGAGUGCAUGAGUGAAAUCUACGCUAUUGUUGAAAGUAAUGAUGUGGAAACAGUGUUCAUUCUGGGCGACUUCAACGCACAUCCCGGUGAGCAAUUUUCCUUAGAACUAUUGAAUUUUUGUACUGAACAGUAUUGGUCGUGCAUUGACAUGGACUUAUUACCAAGCGAUACCUAUACUUUUGUUAGUGACGUGUAUGGGUGUUUGAGGUGGCUAGACCACUGCGUAGUGACUGCUGCGGCCCGUGCAACCGUAUUGAAUGUGUCAGUAGUCCAUGGUGUGUAUUGGUCUGAUCACAUCCCAAUGUCAAUUGAGUGUAAUAUUAAUGCUAUCAAGCCUAAAAUAUUGUUAUCAAAUACUCCGCAGAAUACAGUACGUUGGGGGGAAAGGGAUACGUGUCAGAUAGAUAAAUAUCAUGAAUUUUGUCAUUCCAAGCUUAAAGAAAUUCAUUUUCCGUCCGAAUUUAUGGAAUGUGCUGAUAAAUUGUGUCCUGAUCGAAAUCAUAAAUUAUUAAUUGACGAAUUGUACAACAAUAUCGUC